AGAUUUGUUCACGUGUCAGCGGCAGUAGCAGAAAGAACCGAGAGCUGAUCCAGGCGAGAGAUAGGGUUGCGGAUGGUGGCAACAUCAAACAUGAAAAACUUAAUAGGUACGGUGGCCUGUACUUUGUUUCUGACUGUAAAUGGUUUUUACUCAUCAAGUGAUGAUGUUGUUGAAUUAACUCCGGCAAACUUCAACGGAGAAGUUUUACAGAGCGACAGUUUAUGGCUGGUAGAGUUCUAUGCUCCGUGGUGUGGUCAUUGUCAAAGCCUCACCCCACACUGGAAGAAGGCAGCCACAGCUUUAAAAGGUGUAGUCAAAGUUGGUGCAGUGGAUGCAGAUCAGCACAAGUCUCUGGGUAGUCAGUAUGGCAUUCGGGGGUUUCCUACAAUCAAAAUCUUUGGAUCCAAUAAGAACAAGGCAGAGGAUUAUCAAGGUGCAAGGAGCAGCCAAGCCAUUGUCGAUUCAGCCCUGAAUUCCCUCCGGUCCAUGGUCAAGGAAAGGCUUGAUGGGAAAAGCAGUGGCUCUGAACAAGGAAGACAGAGCAGUGGAGGCAGGAAAGAUGUCGUUGAUCUGACUGAUGAUGACUUUGAUAAUAAGGUUUUGAACAGUGACGACAUCUGGUUGGUGGAGUUCUAUGCACCUUGGUGUGGCCAUUGUAAAAACCUUGAACCAGAGUGGGCAGCGGCAGCAGCUGAAGUUAAAGAACAGACGAAAGGCAAAGUGAAGCUUGGAGCAGUAGAUGCAACAGUGCAUCAGAUGCUAGCUAGCAGAUAUGGGAUUCAAGGAUUUCCUACUAUUAAAGUUUUCCGUAAAGGAGAGCAGCCAGAGGACUACGAAGGUGGACGAUCCAAAGCUGACAUUGUUGCUCGUGCUCUUGAUCUGUACUCAGACAAUGCAGCACCGCCUGAGCUGCUGGAGAUCCUUAAUGGAGACAUUUUGAAGAAGACCUGUGAAGAUUAUCAGCUCUGUAUCAUUGCAGCUCUGCCUCACAUCCUCGACACAGGAGCUUCUGGCAGAAAUGCUUACCUGAAAGUGAUGAUGCAAAUGGCUGAAAAAUACAAGAAGAAGAUGUGGGGGUGGCUGUGGAUGGAGGCUGGAGCUCAGAUGGAUCUUGAGCAAUCUCUGGGGAUUGGAGGCUUUGGAUACCCAGCCAUGGCAGCGGUCAACUAUAGAAAAAUGAAAUUUGCUCUUUUGAAAGGGUCCUUCAGUGAACAGGGAAUUCACGAGUUUCUCAGGGAUCUUUCAAUGGGCCGUGGAUCAACAGCUACUGUGGGUGGAGGCGCACUUCCAAACAUUAAUUCAGUCGAGCCUUGGGAUGGCAAAGAUGGAGAGCUUCCUGUAGAGGAUGAGAUUGACCUGAGUGACGUGGAGCUGGAUGAUCUUGGAAAAGUUGAGUUGUGAGAAUACUGUGUCUGAUUUAUUCACUUACUGAUGAUAAAAAAAAAAAUAAAAAAAAAAAAAAAAACAGACAACUUCCUUUUA